UCUCCAGCUAGAAUUCCUGUUAAUUUCAAAUCAAUGCUGUUUUGCAGAAGCCUUUGAAAUUGUAGUACGGCAUGCCAGAAACUUCACCAACAGCAUGUUUAGGACCUACUACCAGAGCAUGGGGCCCAGAGCUCUUAAAUUUGUUGGAGAACUUUUUACUGAUAUCUCGCUGUACAUAUUGGGCUCUGACAUCAGUGUUAAUGACAUGAUAAAUGAAUUUUUUGACAGUUUAUUCCCUUUGGUUUACUCUCACUUGAUUAAUCCCGGCUUCCCUGAUCCCUCCGUGGAAAUGACUGAAUGCCUGCGAGCAGCCAGGAGAGACCUCAAAGUCUUUGGUAACUACCCGAAGACGAUGAUGACGCAGGUGUCCAAGUCGCUGCAGGCCACGCGAGUCUUUCUGCAGGCGCUCAACCUGGGGAUCGAGGUGAUAAACACUACGGACCACUUAAAAUUCAGCAAGGACUGUGGGCGAGCGCUGCUAAAGAUGUGGUACUGCUCGCACUGCCAAGGGCUCCUCCUGGCCAAGCCCUGUGCCAGCUACUGUGGCCUGGUGAUGCAAGGAUGCUUGGCGGGCGUCGUGGAGAUCGAUAACCACUGGCGAGAGUACAUUGGGUCGCUGGAGGGGCUGACCAAAGGCAUGCGUGGCAUCUACGACAUGGAACAUGUCCUCCUGAACCUUUUCUCCCUGGUGCGGGGUGCGAUCGUCUACGUGCAGAAGAACGGAGGAAAGCUCUCGACAACCAUCAGCCGGUUGUGCGGCCACGCUCAGCAGAGACAGUAUCGAUCAGCUAAUUACCCUGAAGACCUUUUAGUUGACAAGAAAGUCCUGAAGGUGACUCACAUCGAGCAAGAAGAAACUCUGUCGAGCAGGAGAAGGGAACUCAUUACGAAGCUGAAGUCCCACAGCAGUUUUUACAGCAGCUUGCCAGAGUACAUCUGCAACCACAGCUCUGCUGUUCAGAACAACACUCUUUGCUGGAACGGACAAGAAGUCGUGGAGAGGUACAGCCUCCAAAUCACAAGGAACGGAGCAAAAGCUCAGCCUGGCAACCACGAGGUGAAGAUGAAAGGUCCUGAGCCAGUGAUCAGCCAGAUUAUUGACAAGCUGAAACAUAUCAACCAG